AUGCGUCAGUCACAAAAAAAGGCACGGUUAUUACUGUCCAGCAAAAUAACUUCCCAAGCGUGGCCCGCAGCACUUUGGAGAGAGCUGGACUCCGAGUCGAUGGAGAGCUUCCAGCAGGAUGCGCUUCGCUUCGGAUGCCUCCGCGGGUUCAAGCACAUGUCCUUGCGCCCGCGCGGCAAGGAGGAACUCCUCGUGACCGUUCAUCACAGGGACGACGCCCUCGGGUUGUCGCCCGGGCCGUGGAUGACGGCACCCCGGCCCAGACAGCGCGACUUCUCGGUCGACGACGACGAACCCGAGAGCCCAAGGGCCAAAUCCAAGAGGCGCGUCGACUCCACUGCACCCUAG